AUGACUUCUGAUCAACUAGACCCUAGUCAUGAGAAUGGCACCGAGUCAGCCUCCCAAGAGUCGAUCUGCGAAUCCAAGGUCUAUCACCAUACCAAGAACAAAGAGGGCAGAGAUCAAUGCAAAGAACAGCUUCAGGACUCUGAGCCAACCAAGAACUCCGAAGAUGACGAGGACAGCCCGUAUGCCUUGAUUGUCAGAAGACGAUUUUCAGAGAAGCGAGAAGUCGAGUCAACUACAGUAUGCAUCAACUCGCCACUGAUUCACAAAGCAUUCCAAGAUGUCAUCGGCUCUUACCCAACAGUUGCAUCAGACUUUAAGAGCUCUUUCAAGCUUGAGAGCCCAUUUCAGAUCCUUCUGCACUACUGGGACCCCCUGGAAGCCUAUCGAGAUGAGGCUGGCUCUCCUCGGAUGCGGCAACAUCUCAACUUACUCUUCCGCUUCAUGGAAGAGGAAAUGGGCCCUGAGAGACGCACCCUCCAGCAUAUGCUCCAGAAACAGAUGAUCACCUUUAAGCAAGCAUGGGUUAUCUACCGUCCCGGAGACCUUGUUGUCAGCGAAGUGCUGGGGAAGUCAUGGUUAUCACGCGUGGAGAAGGUCUCUUAUGGGACAAGUCGAAACCGCGGACCAUAUGUGACGAUUCAUAUGAAAUACUGCGACGCCAAUGAUGAUGCAAUCGGUGAAGCCCAGCGAUCUACUAGCAUCUUCCAGAGCGAUUACUUUGCGUCAGACCAUCCAGCCAAGAUCAAAAGACUUCCAGUAUAUCCAAGAAAGUUCAGUGAUCGUGGACCAGAUCUAGAAAUCGAACUUCUUGAGCGAGGCAAGAAGUUCAUCAUCAAUCGCGGGAUUCUGACAAAAGACUAUGAUGGCAUCGCAGAGUGGCUAAAAGAACCUCCACUCGACUUUUUUGAUCCUAAUAUGGCAGACUAUCCGCCCAUUUGGCUGCCAUUCACAGAAACUGGGCGUGUUGUACUUGAUCGCAAGACCUUCGAAGAAGACAACUAUAGCCACGUCACCAUGAUUGAAGAGGUUGAUGAUCCGGAACUUUUCCUCUGUCCGCCGUAUGCCUUGGGGUACUCCACCGGCCGAAAGGAGUGGUGUCGCUAUCUAGUUGAUAAUCUGAGGGAUGUGACUUGGAAGGAGAACGCAUGGUCAUCACUCAUUCUUGAUCAGGAACAAAAGCAAGUCUUGAAAGCUCUUGUCAUGUCACACAAACACCCAGAAAGAGUCAGGAGCCUGUCAGAACAAAAGGGCAAAGGACUGGUGGUUCUUUUGCAUGGAACUCCAGGAUCCGGUAAAACGCUUUCUGCAGAAACAGCAGCCGAGAUGUCAAAGAAGGCUCUUUUGUCCACAAGCAUGAGCGAGUUAAACAGAUACGAUAGGCUUAAACAGAUCCUACAGUACGCCACAACCUGGAACGCGAUCAUUUUAUUUGACGAAGCAGACGUCUUCCUCGAGAGCCGAGACAUGACUUCCAACAGCACCACUCGCAAUGCGCUCGUAGCCGUAUUUCUCAAACAUCUCGAAUAUUUCUCAGGCAUUGUCUUUCUAACUACAAACCGCCUCAGCAGUAUCGAUGCUGCGAUGAAGUCCCGCAUCCACCUGUCGCUCUCGUUCGGUCCCCCCGAGGCAGAGGUUCGUCGUCAGAUCUGGAAACAGAACCUUGAAGCUGUCCCCAUUGAUGAGACCGAGAUUGGUGGGAAGGAAUUGAGUAGUCAGGCAGCUGAAGAUCUGAUACACCAUAAGCUUAACGGACGGGAGAUUUCUAAUGCUUUGAACACGGCGAGGACUCUUGCGAGAUUUGAGGAGGUCAAGUUGAGUUUACAGCAUAUUGAGACGGUACUCAAGCUUCCAGUCGAGAAAUAG